AUGACAGCAGCGACAGCUCGUUACAGCUUCUUUGUUCUCUGCAUGAGAGAACAUAGCUCGAACAUAGAUUGGUGCUUUUACCUCACGUUGGCCAAGAACAAGUCUCAGCAAAUCCAGAGCAGUCCAUGGAUCACAAAAUCGCUCAUAAAGGACCCAUCAUUCCCUGAGACUAAUGCAUAUCUCUUCCAGGCGUUGUUAAGUGUCCGAUCCCGAUGGGUUGAAUGGGUUGACAGCCUAGAGCUUCGUCUAGACUAUGAUAGGAUUAGUCGAACCUUGUCGCUGUUGAGCUACCCUUCCAUGUAUCUGAACGCUCUUCAGUCGCGGGGUGUCAUCCAUGCAUUUGUAAGUAUUGACGGCGCCGGAGAAGAUCCACGUGCGGAUGAGAAAGACAUCUCUCGAUUCCUACAGGAGGUGCCCUUAUCCUAUCGUCUCCUUUUCGGUCAGUCAGCUGCGUCAAGAAAGCUAUCCCGGAACAUUUCCAAGCCAGCAGAAUAUUUAAAAGACCAUCGAGUUGAUUCUCUCCUGCCACACCUAUGCACCCAAAAGCAGCUCAAAUCACCAUCAUCGUCUCUCCCGGCCGAUAGGCCUAUCUACUUUGCCGGUCGGGUUGUCGCAGUUCUGUAUGAGAGGAUCGUACUGAUUGCCAAAGUGCUUCGUGAUGUUCGACAUAAAUAUAUGCGAGAUCUCCUUCAUGACUGACGAGAUACAUUGCAGUAUUGGAUCUUCUGCCUAGUACUACCGAUUUUCGGGUCCAUUGCCACAUUUCUAACCGUGAUUCAGAUGGUUCUGCGAGUUAUCCAUGACUUUUUAAGCAAUGGGCAGCCGGACUGCCUUAUGACUGUCAUCUUUUUAUGUGGAAUCCUCAUUCCAUGUGCUUCUGAGCUGGCGUCGAACUCAGUAGCGUGUUUGAUAAUUCAACUCACCUUGGCUUUUUACAGAUGAAUCUUGGUAUAUAUCUUCCUGGUUCGCGUUGUCAACCCACAAUUUAUAGAAUCCAUGGAUGGGCCUACCACCACAACGUGGAGCAUCAGAAGGCACCAUCAUUACGCUUCUGAAAUAUCCAAGCAAGCCGAAC